CUUGUUCUUUCGUUUGUAGAGAAAAUCUGAAAAAGGAUUAACACAAAAUUAAAAGUAACUAGGCGGCAUUAAUAUAUAUAUAUAUAUAUAUAUAGAUAGUUUUUUUAAAAAUUGCGACGCAUCACAAUGUCGGCCACAGAGGCCGGCGCCCAACAAUGUGCGCUCUACGCGCUGGCGGGCUUGACGGGAUUUGUAUUCGGUGCCUACUUCCAACAAGAAAGUGCAAUUCGUCACCUGUUUGGCAUGAUAAGGAGAGACCCAUAUGUGUUUCAAUAUCGCCGUAAGCUGUACCCACUCCUGUCUACAUUUAGGACGGAUCAUGAGGCGAGGCUGUGGAAUCUGUCGCCGACCCUGGCGGACAGAAUACGCCACCGUUUGUUCUUUUCACUAUUCGAUAUAAUUGGCAAUAUAUUUUUUGACAAGAGGCCCAUGUCGUGUACGCCAGAUUUGUUGGAUCUGGUCAAGUUUGGUCUACCUAGCAUAGAGAAUCUGUAUGUGCACAAGGACUACGUUGUAUCGCAGGACUUGAGCACCAAUUCCCCAAAAUGGAUGUGCGAGCAUCUGAAAGGCAACUAUAAGAAGCUUACCACCGAUGCGGACGGCGAUGCACUGCAUCUUCGCUACAAUGAUGUAUUUGUUCUGAGCUGUGGCGGCACGCGAGUUUGUAAGGCCUUCAAGCGUGAAAUUUGGCGUAAGCUGGAACAGCAUGUGUCCCAAAUGACGGAAAAAUUCGGCUCGGUGUAUGUGUACACAGGUCCCAUGUAUUUGCCAUCUUGCCGCCCUACCGAGGAUUGGACUUUAGAAUAUCAAAUUGUUGAUUGGAUUCCGCUCCCAAUGCCAUCUCACUAUUUCAAGGUGCUCAUCAUUGAUCCACAGCUGCCGGAAUAUACUCCCUAUAUGGAAGGCUACAUAAUAGACAAUAAACAAAAUGCUUCAAGCAGCAGCACCGAAUUGACGGAUUAUCUGUGCGACAUUGCCGAGAUUGAGCGGCAUACUGGGCUUCGCUUUUUCGAGGGCGUUCAGUCAACUGUGCGUUUCGAGAAAAAGAAAUACAGAAUCGAUUCUCAGAGUUAUCAACAUCCUCGUCAGCCUUUUCGCCCAAUACGUGAACCUUCCAUUCCUAUUGUCCAACCUUAAAUAAAAAUAACGAUGCAAUUUACGUUGUAAUUUUAA